CAAUGCCAAGUCAAAUAUUCGAGUUCAAAAGCUGACGGACUGUUCAUGGCUCGUUGGCUUCACUCUGGAACCUUCUGAAUUUUAUGAACGACAAAACUUCAAAGGACUAAUCAGCGUAUUAUCAUGAACAACACUGCAGUUUCAAGACAAAAACACCCAAAUCGAAAAGGAAAGGAAAACGCCCCGCAUCGUGAUGGAAGCACAUCUUUAAUCAAAAAAGGCCUUUUAAAAUCAACAUUGACAGUGCCAUUGCAGCCUAAAAACCUAAAUGAGGAGGAGAUACUGGUAAAAAAUGGUCCCCCUAAAGCCACGUCCGAGCAAGCCGACACAAAGAUCAAGUCUGUGCUGAAAGAUGUGAAGAGAGAAGCUGUUAGCGGAGCUCCCAGUCAGGUCAGUCUCAGCCAACGAGUCCCUCCCAAAGUUGCGCCUGGCUUGUACAAAGGUAAGAUUGUGCAGUCCAAAAUUGGAUCCAUUUGGAAGGCAAGUGCAGUACCAAAAACAGCAAGCCAAAGUGUGAAAACUUUGGCAAAAAGCAGGUCCACGUCUGUUCAUGGUGUCCCUGGGCGUGGCCCCGAGAAACCUGCACCGCCAAGGUCUAAGUCUGUGUCUGAUGGACGUGUUCACCGCCUCGAACCCACAGUCGCCAGCCGCCGACUUCAGUCCACUCUCCAGACAAUGACUACUGCAACAGCGCUAAGGAACAAUAGCUCCAGAAACGCCACCACAGGUCCUACCAAGACAAAGGUUCCGGUAACAGACAAGAUCAGAAAGCCGCCUGCAACGAGCACCCUCAGUCAAUUCAGAUCCACGGAAACGGCCGAGGAAAAAAGAGCAAAACUAGCAGAGUGGUUGGCUUCUAAGGGCAAGACCCUUAAGAGACCUGCCAUGACCACAGCGCCCCCCAAAACUAAAACCUUGUCAACAGCCAAGGCUGACAACCAAAUUAAGUCUGUCACGUCCAAGCCAGAAGCAGAACCGAAGCCAAGUUUUCACACGGAAAACUCUACUGCGGCAUGUCCACCUGUACAGGAAGCUGUGAUGUCAUCCAGCCAGACUUCAGUCAUAAUGAACACUACUUUGGACCUUCUGGAAAACUCUAAUUCCGAUCUGUGUGCUCUACAGGAUGGAGUUGAUAGUAUUGUUGUCAACCUGUGUGAAGCUUUGGAAGCCUUGCAGACAUCCUCACAAAGUCAGGAAAAACUUCCGCAGGCAACAGAUGCAAAUGAAGAUGCCGAAGAGGAGGUAGGCGGCAUGGAGGACAGAAGUGUCAAGAAGGCGUUGAAGAGUGAAGGCGUCCAUGAGCGAGUGAGCAAUGAAACGGGGCAGAAAGUGCUGACCAACCACAAUGACGAUGACGAUGAUCAAAGUGAUGAGGACAUGAAGACCCCUCAUCGGGGUCAAGCCUCUGUGGUUAAAUACAGUGUGAAGACGACGCCAUAUUUGCAAAGUGUAAAGAAGACGUUGGAAGGGGAGGUCCAAACAAGCUCAUCCCGUAACAAAAGCAACAUCAAAGAUCUGAAGUUUCUGACGCCGGUGCGUCGUUCCUGCCGCAUCCAGCGCAAGUCUUCACAACUGCCCCCGAUGCUGGCGGACCACGACCUGUGUGUGUCAUCACUGGCUGAGCUGGUCCAGCUGGAUGAUGACUUCAAUGCUUACAUUUACAGGAAAAACCCUGCUCUCAUGAAAGAGCUGCCAGACCAGCCCAAAUCGUAACUCUCAAAGAAAUCUAUAUAUAGGUAUGAAUAUUUCGAUAUUUAUAUUUAUUGGACUGUACUAAUAGACACCUUAUACUGAUGUUUUCUAAUUGAAUGUACUCCAUCUAUACAGAUCAUUGUUUUCAACAAACAUUAACAAAGUUGACACACUUUUUUUUUUUUUUUUCCUGAAACUUUUUCCGAAUUACCUUUUCAAUACAAUGUAUACUUGUAGUGCACUGCAAUAAAGGCAAUAUUGUUUGACCUGGUAACAAAAACAGCCUA